CGUAAAAAUUUGCCUAAGAAGAGAGAGUGAAGAGGGGAGGGCAGGUAUAAUUAAUUGUGAGAGGGCGGCGAAUAUUCAUUUCAACUAAUAAAAAGGCUCUACCGGGCGAAUGGGCUCAAGAAAAAUAAAAUAAAAUAAAAUGAAUAAAAACGCGACUAGGGUGCGGCCCAACUCACCAAAACUUCACUUGCUUUAAUUUCAAAUUCAAAAAGAGAGCACGGGGAGGGAGCAUGUGAAUGUGAAGGGGAUGUCGAGUGCCGACCGUUGAGCUGUGUUGUUUUGCGUUGCGGUGAUUUCAACUUUGAGUUUUGGCAGGCAAAUUGGCAGAAGCACUGGCACCACCACCACCACUCUCUCCCUCCCUCUCUCUGCCGCUGCUGAGUGCUGCAGCCAUUCUCGGAAACAAUUGAAAGUGGGCGAGUGUUGAGACAAUCCUCUCCUUUCCAGUCCAUGUCAAUCCCGUCGUCGACUCCCCGUCGACAUGGCUGGCAACGCCCUCUCCAUUCUCUACAGAUCGUUGGAAUUUCGGUCUACUGCUUUCUUGUUGCUGCUUUCUAUUGUUUUCUUGGGCUUUUCCUUGGCAACAGAAUCGCGGAGAUCAGUGUGAACAGUAUUUUCUCCUUUUCGGCACUUUCUGUUGCUCUUCUGUUUAUUAGGUGCGCGGCCACUGAUCCUGGCGACAAGAGUAGAUUUAGAUUUAGGAAGAAGAAAAAAAAGGGUAAUGCUGUUGGGCAUUCAAAACUGAACUAUGGAUAUGUCUUCUCCCGGAUUUUGUUGAGAUUCUUCAAAAGGAUGGAGCGCAAGAUCUUAAGGACCUGCAUAAGAAGGAAAUACCUCGAUCCUUGGAAUUCUAUAGUUCAAAUGGAGCCUCUUAUUCCAUUUCCACUAGUCGUGGAGGAUGAUUCGUUUACCCCGAGCCCAAAAGACAAUGAUGUCUCAUUUUGUGCGCUCUGUGAUUUUGAGGUUAACAGGUACAGCAAACACUGCAGGACUUGCAAUCGAUGUGUUGAGGGCUUCGACCACCACUGUAGAUGGUUGAACAAUUGUGUUGGGAAAAAGAAUUACACUACCUUCAUUCUUUUGAUGGUUAUAGUCUUGAUAAUGCUUAUUGUGGAAGGAGGAACUGGGAUAGCAGUAUUUGCGAGGUGCUUUGCUGAUCGUGAAGGCAUAGAAAAAGAGUUAAACCAAAGACAUUAUGGAAGUUUUCCCAGAGGAGCCCUUGCUGCUUUUUCUGUUAUAUUGGUUAUGGUGACAAUCUAUAGUGCAGCUGCAUUGGGGCAGCUUCUUUUCUUUCAUGUACUUCUAAUCAGAAAGGGAAUCACAACCUACGAUUAUAUUUUAGCAAUGAAAGAAGCAAACCAGUCUAUGGAAAUGGAAUCAUUUGAAGAUUCGGACUUUACUUCUGAUGAUGAUGACGAUGACGAUGAAAAUGAGGUGGCGCCCAACUCAGUUUUUUCACCUGAACAGCCUGCAUUCAUAUCUCGGAUUAUAUGCAAGCAAGGCAAGAUUCAACAGAAUCCACAAAAAUUGUCGAUAAUGAUUGAUCGAGAACCCAACUCAUCAAAUAACAAAAAGGAAGGCUUCCGUGCAAGCAUUGACCCCUGGAAACUAAUUAAGUUGACUCGUGAGAAAGCUCUUGUUGCUAGAGAAAAGCGGGCAGAAAGUGAUGAUCCAUUGAAGCCCCUACAGCGGGAAAUAAGAAGCGGUCCUCUUGCGAUGAAACCAGAUAGUAAUGAAGGUGCUGCCAAUGCCCUAAGUUUAACACCCCCUUUCAUUUCCACGGGGGGGAGACUUUUAAACCCACCAUUACUGUUUUCAAGUCCAAGGAGACGACUUUCGUCUUCCCCAACAUUGUUACGGGCACUGCAGCAGCAGCGGCGGCAUGCCAGUGGUGUGCCAUUAUCAAAGCAUGAGUAUAGAAGUGAUUUAGACUUGAAGUUAGCUGGAGAGCUAGAGACAACUUUCUUAUCAUCCUCCUCCUCCGGACAAGAAGUGGCCAGUAAUUAUAAUGAUAAAAAUCACACUACUACUAAUGGUGGUUGCAGUGGUAGUGAGGCCGCGGCUUCUCCAAGGUAACACACUUUCUCCGUCUGGCCUGGCAUCCGAGAGUUUCAACUACUUUUUUGUUUUCAAGUAACUAUUUAUUAAUAGUGUUGUUGUGACGAGGGGUGUUGGUGAAAGGAAGAUUGAUUGAUUUCAUGUACUUACUCUUUAUCUUGUAAGACACAUACACACAGAUUUAAGAUGAUGAUGAUUAAUGGUGCCUUUGUGUUGAACCAA